AUGCGAUGCCGCACACCGCGUGAGACCGUGCAGAGUGUAUCUUUCUCUUUGGCUCGCGUCCACUUUGACAUGUUCUUCGGCAUGGACAAGUCCAUCGACGUGAGAAGUGAACGAUGCCGUCAUAUAUCGGACUUGUAUCGCACGUGGCUGCUGCGUGACGUUGAAGCUUGUCGCCGCAUGCAGAGUGGAUUUCUGCAUCGACUAUUGCUUGACGGCCAUCUCAUUUUGGUCGCUCAUGGUUUCUUAGUCAGAGAACGUCUCGUACACAUCUCGGGUGACAGGAUCGCACUGAUUCCUAGCGGGAAGGGACAUGGUCUGGUCCAGCUGCGUGCGAUACGCAGCGGGAUGAAAAAUCAACGAGCGCCCUCCACCACGUGUUCGACUUCGACGGCGUCUGCAGAGGCCUCUCUCAGCCGGAUCUACUAG